AUGGAUACCCCAGAUGCCAGUGAAACCCGAGCUAACGUGUUGGAUCUCAUCUCUACUCUCGGAAGACACAGGGCCGAGCAUGAAGAGCAGCUGCUCAUUGACCUAAUGGCAAGCAUGGAGAAAUUCAACAAGUCCAUGAAGGGGCUGAUCGCGGAGAUUCCCUUCUGUCCAAGCGCUACGUAUGCGGAAUGCUGUGAUCGGGCCCUUCAGCUCAGGACAGGCUACGAUUACAUACGGGACACAGAAAGGGCUAGUCGAAACGCCAUGCUGGAUAAACUGCAAGAGCAUCUUUCCGUGCUGGAUAAGAUGAGCCAGGUACUUGCUGCCUACGGGGAAGAGACGGAGCUAGUUCAGGUCAAACUCAAGUGGGAUCUCAUUAACCAAAAUGCAACAGGAUUCGCCCAGCAGGAACAAAUCAUGUUGCAAACCGGUCUGUUGAAAAUCAUGCGCGGCUGUGAGAACGAAGCUGGUCGCCGGCAGUUUUGGGAAGACCAUCUGGCACCAUUUGGAAACCACGUGGUACUGGACAGAACGGUAAGGCCGAUCUGCAUGACCUCUUCAGAUGCCACCAGACCUGAAAGCACCGCAAGCAUCGGCUCCUAUCUUCCCCAGGAAAUCAUGAGAUUGAUCUAUGAAGCUGCCGACCUAGAAACAUGUGUCAGUCUUCGGGAAGUCAGCUCAGCAUGGUACACCGCGUUCCAAGAGGUCGAUUUCCGAGCCCAGAUGAAGGCUCGGAACCCGUGGACCGAACCCGUGGAUGACUUCAACUCAUGGACAGAUUGUGUGUUGGUGUUUGUUGCUCGUCUCCGAUCAUGGCAGUCGGCAGAGUCCGUAGACGACAUUGACGUGUCUGCAAAGAAGGAGGAACGCAGAACUGUCAUAGGACUCGAAAUCAAAGGUGAUGAACCCCUGCCCAGCAACUUCACGGGCUUGACGGACAACUCGGGAGAUAUCUUAACCGAGUCCAUAAAAGUGGGUGGCGAUGAACAUACCUAUGUGAGGAGUCAAUUGACGCUAGAGAGUCUCGAACACGAAGUGUUCCCUGUAGUGGUGGCUGAGGAUCACGACAAAACAGUCAUCAAGUGCAGGGAUCUCGAGGUGACCCUUCCACCCUCCAUCAAGUCCCAGGACUUUCUCGAAUUCGAACCUCUGACCAUUACCGAGUCGUUCGUGGCCCUGUACCUGAAUACAGGUCAGGUUUACGCAGUUCCUCGAGACAAGCCUCACUUUGAUCACGGUUUCUACUUUCACGGAACAAGUGAAGAGCCAAGAGAAAUGGGUGGUGUUCUUGUAACAACAGAAACACUCCGGGAAUGGAGACAGACUGAUCGGCGCCAAUUCUGGUUAGCCAACUUGGAAACACGGCAAAUGGUAGAUUAUGCGGCAGUUUCACAAGACUCAAGCCCCGUCGCAUCCUACAACGGUCUCAUUUGGUGGAAGAAGGGAGUUCCUUCGAGACAGUUUGUAGUUCCUACCUUUGUGGACCUCGCGUCUCCGGACCGGGUGUACUAUCGAGCCGACAGUGCCAUCACCGGGCUGACCUCAUUGCAAACUCGACAAGGCAGUGUAUCGCGGAACUCCACCCAAUUUGUCCUAGGAAAGACGGGCCUCAUCUCAGGUCUGCACGUUAUCGAUUUGGCCUCUGGAAUUGUGACCGAUAUUGUGACUCCCCGUGACUGGCAACGGCAGAACCACAUUGAGGUCUUUGCCGGCUUCGUCGACUACAAUUUCCAGGCGAGAAUCAUGGGCGCAGAGGAGAUUAGGGACAUGCAUCACGAGGUGUUGCAACAGAUGGAAGGACAAAGAUGA